CAGAAAGAAAAGAAAAAGUUGUAUAAAUAGAAUAGGUUUAGUAACAGGCAACAAAGGUAGAGAGGUCUAAAACCACCAUACAAUCCAUAAACCUCUCCUCAAAACCUCACCCUAUCCUCUCACUCUGCACCACCCAUGGCUUGUUCUUCUUCAAUUAUCACCAAUUUCCCCAAAACCCCAUCAUCAAUUAUCAAACCACAGCCCACUUCAGAUAAACCCCACUUCAUAUUCUUAUCCACAAGACUCAGACUUCACAACAUCAUUUCUGCCUUAGGUGGAGGAGUUGGAACUGGUGGGUCUUCUUUCGUUUCGUCUGCGGUUGCGGCCCGGAAUUCGGUCCUCAGUGAAGAAGCUUUCAAGGGUCUUGGUGUGUUUGAACAAGAAGAAGAAGAUGAUGACAAUGAAGCAGAGUAUGAUAAUGAUGAUGAUGAAGUGUCUGAAUUUGAAGCAAGAAUUGAUGAGAGUAUAAGUGAUGAUGAACUUGCAGUUAGCAAAUUGGGUUUGCCUCAAAGACUUGUUGAGACUCUUGAAUUGAGAUCAAUUACUAAACUUUUUCCAAUUCAGAGAGCUGUAUUGAUUCCUGCACUAGAAGGCCGAGAUAUCAUCGGUCGUGCAAAAACAGGAACAGGGAAGACAUUAGCCUUUGCUAUUCCUAUCAUCAAAAAGCUCACCGAAGAGGAUGAAGAAAACAGAAAUAGGCUUGCUGGACGUCUUCCAAGAGUUUUAGUCCUUGCACCUACAAGGGAAUUGGCAAAGCAAGUAGAAAAUGAAAUCAAAGAGUCUGCUCCCUAUCUGCGUACUGUUUGUGUGUAUGGUGGUGUCUCUUAUACUCUACAGAAAAAUCAGUUGACCCGUGGAGUAGAUAUAGUGGUUGGUACCCCAGGAAGACUCAUUGACUUGGUCAACAGUAAUAUUCUAAAAUUAGGGGAGGUUCAGUUCUUGGUUCUCGAUGAAGCUGAUCAAAUGCUUGCUGUUGGUUUUGAGGAAGACGUUGAAACUAUCUUACAAAAACUUCCUGCACAAAGGCAGAGCAUGCUUUUCUCAGCAACCAUGCCUGGCUGGGUUAAAAAAUUAUCGAGGAAAUACUUGAAGACCCCCUUGACAAUUGAUUUGGUUGGUGACCAGGAUGAAAAGCUAGCGGAAGGUAUCACACUAUGUGCUAUACCAACCACCUCAACAACAAAGAGGUCAAUGCUUGGUGAUCUAGUCACGGUAUACGCAAAAGGCGGGAAGACCAUCAUUUUCACUCAAACAAAAAGGGAUGCAGACGAGGUCUCCAUGGCAUUGACUAGUAGUAUUGCUUCAGAGGCAUUACAUGGUGACAUCUCCCAGCAUCAGAGGGAAAGAACACUUAAUGGAUUUAGACAAGGGAAGUUUACAGUGCUUGUUGCCACAGAUGUUGCUUCUCGUGGGCUUGAUAUACCUAACGUUGAUCUAGUUAUCCACUAUGAACUACCGAAUGAUCCAGAGACUUUUGUUCAUCGAUCUGGUAGAACGGGCCGUGCAGGAAAAAAAGGGAAGGCCAUCUUAAUGUACACCAACAACCAAAGGAGAACGGUAAAAUCUCUUGAGAAAGAUGUGGGAUGCAACUUUGAGUUUAUAAGUCCUCCAGGUGUCGAAGAUGUAUUGGGCUCAUCGGCAGAGCAAGUGAUUGCUACCCUUUCUGGUGUUCAUAAUGAGUCUAUAGACUUCUUCACUCCAACUGCACAAAAGCUGAUUGAUGAACAGGGUACACGAGCUCUUGCUGCUGCCCUUGCACACAUGAGUGGUUUCUCCCAACCUCCGUCUUCCCGUUCUCUUAUCACACAUGAGCAGGGGUGGACAACUUUACAAAUGACAAGGGAAUCUGAUGAAUCAUCAAGAGGGUACAUGUCAGCUAGAACUGUCACAGGAUUCUUGUCUAGUGUUUAUGCUACUGCUGCUGGUGUACUUGGAAAAAUACACGUGAUAGCAGAUAAAAAGGUUCAAGGCGCUGUUUUUGAUCUUCCCGAAGACAUUGCCAAAAAUCUUUUAACCAAGGAGAUGCCACCUGGCACCACAAUUACCAAGAUUAACAAGUUGCCUGUGUUGGAAGAUAAUGGCCCAGCGGGUGACUUUUAUGGUAGGUUCUCAAACCGGGAGAGAAGCUCACGAGGUGGGGGAGGUUCAAGAAGGGAAGGUGGUUCCCGUGGUGGUGGUUGGGGAGGUAAUAGUAGAUUUUCAUCUGGUAAUGAUGGUGAUAACUUCAGGCGUGGUGGUAGGAGUGGUGGUGGCAGAAGUGGCGGCAAUAGUUGGUCAAGUGGAGGCUCGCGAACCGAUAGGAGUAGUUGGUCAAGCGGAGGAAGCUCGAGAACUGGUGGAAGUGAUUGGUUGAUUGGUGGUGAUAGACAGUCUUCCCGUUCUGCAUCAUCUGGAAAUAGCGACAGAACUUUCGCAGGUCCAUGUUUUCACUGUGGUCGGUCUGGGCACAGGGCAUCUGAAUGUCCCAAGAAGCAAGACUAUUAGUUGAUGGGGGUUGUUGAGGUGCUAACGAUGUUUGCUCUGUUGAAAAGGGGUGCGGGAGGCUACCAGCUGCCUCUUAUGCUACCGGUCGUGUGCUUUCAGUCUUUGGUCAGAAUGGAAAAUGGAUCACCGUGCACAUGCAAAUGCUGCAGCAUCAAAUUGUAAAAUGGGUAAAUUGGGUUGAGCAAGUUUUUCCGCAUGCGCGCCCCUGGAUAAUUUGAGUGACAGUUUUGUUGUGUAAUUUUAUUUCUGUAUCAGUGUGUUUUUCUGAAAUUUGCUUUUAUUAACCAGUCAUGUAUCAUAUCUGGGCUUAACCUAAAACAAAAACAAAACAUAUUUCCCUAGGAACAUUUUCCGGAGAAAUUGCAUUUCAUAAGAAUACCUACAAAAUCAUUUUCAAA